UUUGGUUUGAACAUUGUGUAAUGUGUAUGUGUAUUGAGUAGGGAAGUUCUGUUGUUCUGGAAAUAUUUGGUUUAUGUCUGUUUGUUCGGUUCUCGAACCUAAACUAAUCUGAAGAAAUGAGCGACAUAGAUGACGUCUGGGAUGAUUUAUCAGGUUUACCAGCCGAUCCACCUAGAAAGAGAGAAAUAUGCCCAAGCUGUAGGAGACCUGCUGUUGUUUGCUGGUGCCCAUAUCUACCGAAGACCCCACUGGAUAUACAGUGUCGUUUGAUUUUACUCCAACACCCAGCAGAGGAGAAACGUUGCCUCCGUACAGCCCCAAUGCUUUCGUUGGGACUUUUACCUGGGAAAUGCUUGAUAUUCAAAGGGAAAAAAUUUCCCCUGAACAAGCACAUUGGUCUGGAAGAAAUAUUGAAGUCACCAGACGCACUGCUUUUGUAUCCCUCCAAGGAUGCUGUUGAAAUCUUCCGGUUGCCUUCUGUCUCUGAGAGAAAGUCUCCAUAUGACCUAAUCGUGAUUGAUGGAACAUGGCCUCAAGCGAAAGCUAUUUUCCAUGCCACACCUCUGUUGCACAACAUCAGACAGGUGAAAUUGGUCCAUGGAUUAAUUAGUGAGUAUGUAAUCAGGAGCCAACCAACAGAUGGAUGUCUGUCUACACUCGAAGCUGCUGCCCAAGCACUGUCACACUUAGAGGACCGUGCAGAUGUGACAGAUGUAUUAUUACGACCAAUGCAUGCACUGUGCAACUUUCAGUUAGAUUAUGGUGCAGUUACACACAGCAGCACGGAAGCAAGAGUACGUAAUGGAACAUAUCCACGGCAGAUAGGCAAACGUCUCAGUCGACUUUUGGCAGCUAAUUCUGAAAUUGAUGACACCAGCUGUACCUGACAGCUAGAAGGUGGUUAGGUAUUUAGGGAGAAAUUACUUGCUUUUUUGCUUGGCCAUUCAUCAUUUCUCUCCUAAUGUGGAGGCUAAUGAAGUCCAUAGCAGACAAGAAAAGAGUGGUCUGCAAAUUAGGUGCAGUGCGGUGCUCCAGAGACACUUUAUGUAUCUUGAGACAGAUGAAGGUGAUGGGAAAAGUAACACCGAGAAUGUUAUUGUAUUAGUGAUGGCUGAUCUGCUAUUUGAACUCACUUUAUUCCUCCAAAUAACACCAAACAAAUGUUCCUGUGGUAUAUGAAUCCUCAGUCUGUUGCAAUUUGCUCUGUCACCGGGAGUCUUGAUCCAUUCUCAUUAAGAUAAAUAUCUGGAAGCUCUUCCUUGAUGAUCAUAUGCUCUAACCUGAGCGUUUGUCUCUGUGAAUACUGGGGCAUUACGAUAUUUGUUCUGUUUAUGAUAACAUAAAGUUUUCCCAUUCACAUCUUGGUCAGUAGUGAAUUUUCACAAAUAUUUCCAGACAAAUGAAGCCAACUUAAAAAUCUCCCAAAGCAGGUUUGUGUUACUGUUACCAGUUCACUCAGUCAGAGAAUAUACUGUCAUAAGAUGGAACAAUAUGACAUGAUAUUGAGAGUAAAAUAGAUAGUUAUGCAACAGAUUAAGCAUUUCUCUUUGAGAUACUGCCCUGCCCUUUAUGUUAUAGUCAUUUCAGUUUGUGUAGCAGAUGUUCUUGCAUGCAUAAUUAAAGUGGCUGGCAAGAGAGAGAAUAUACAAUUUGAUUUUGGCUUUUUAAGUUUUGCCAUAUUGCUUGUGGACAGACAGCAUAUUAUAUGAAACAGUGUAACUGCUGUACGUUCAUUUAAAUAGUGUUUUGAAACAAUUUUAAUUGUGAACUCUGUUACUUGUAGCUUCAUGGUUGCUGCAAUAUAAUUAAUUUUCAUUUUGAUUUCUUAAAAAAUAUACAUUUUGUUUAACAUAGUGUAAAACACUAGUUUGGAUGGUAUCUCAUGUGCAGUAUGUUUGCUACCUUAAAUUAUGUAUUGUGUACUGUGCCUUUUCUGGUGUCUUUUCAGAAUUAGUUUCAACACGCAGAAAAUUGUGGACUGACUUUGUGAUUCUAUUUUUGCCAUAGUUGGUAUUUACAAUAAUAUAACUAAAUAUGUUUACAGUUAACAUUGAGCCAGACUGAGAUAAUGACACAGUUUGUGCUUGUGAAGAUGUAUUUUAAACACUAUGUUGGAAAUACAAGGUUGUAAUGUAUUUGGUAAUAGGAUUUUUAUGAAAUGCUCUUUGUUUUUAGUGCCAAUUGGAUCAAAAGAAAUGCAUUUUAUGUCUUUUGCAGCUAUGCUUGGAAAGGUUAAUUUUGUUGUAAAAUCAUACAUCCUUUAAGGAUGUUGUUUAUGUCAGAAGCUUUAGCUGAGGUACUAACUGGUUGUGCUUUAGUAUGUUACACAACAGGAAUAUGCUAAAAGAAGAUCCUGCAAAAUCAGUCGUGCAAUAAUUUUUACAGUGUUUUCAUCAGAAACUAACUGAUAAUGUUGCUAAAUAAAUAUUGUGAUACUUUACAUUUUUGUUGUGGUCAUGUGAAUCAUUUGAUCCAGCACAAGAAUUUGUUAAAGUGGCAGUUAAAAAGUGUUUAACUAUGGACAAUCAAGAACAGCAAAUGCGUAAAUGAGUCUAAUUUUGCAAGAUUCUGUUUUCCCAUAUAAGGCAGUAGAAACAGUUGUAAAGAGUCACCCAAUAGAACUUCCCACGUUUUAAAGUCGAGUAUAACAAAAAGUAUUGCAAACUUGUUUACUAAAGAAAUUUAAAAGGUAUUGAAACAGCUUGGAAACUAAGUACCAUGUUUUGAGUUGAAUUACCCUAUGCUAAUUGUAGCAUCGUAACAUAAAUACUCACUGAUUUUGGAUACGUAUAUGUAGAAAUAUAUUUUGGCCAUGAGCCAGAAAUUGGCAUGGACCUCGUAUCAUGAGUACAGGUUACACUUGUUUAUUUCUUAUUUAUAGGAAACACAUAACAAAGAAAACAUAAAAGUGUUUACUAAAGGAUUUUCGGUAAGGGCCAUAGCAGAAACACUUAUGACAUCUAAAUUUACUUUCACAUUUCCUAUCAAAAAUUGUCCCAUAGCGAAAUUGUUAAUCUGUAUACAGAUAUUACUGUCCACAAUACAAUAUUAUGAAGAGACCAUUUAAUGCAAAUAACCAUGGACAACCAUGUAGGAAUUUCCAUAUUCUAGCACAGCUAAAACAGGAGAGAGAGAUUACAUGAACUUGCUAUGCGGCUCAGAGAGAAAAAAAAUUAGGUGAGUGUCGAAAAUAGUUGAAAUUGGGCAGUGAUGAAAACUGAAUCUGUAUCUCCACUUGUGGCCUAUUAGUUACUGUCUUUGGACAUUGCUAGUUACAGUUCAUUCAUAUCAGUGUUCUGGACAGAGCGGAUGCUACAUAAUAUGUGGCAAUGACUCAAUUCACCUGAGAUGGUAAGGGAAGCUAUUAAUGUUAUAGUGCAGAUUAUGGUAUUAGAGCUGAGGCAAGAGUUAAAUAUAAAGAAAAGAAAACCAAAGUGGGAUAUGUAAAAGGAUUUAACGCAGGAGUAAAAUGGGAACAGCAAACACACUUAUAGAAGAACACCUGAAGAGGAAAAUACUGUCUGCAAUGGCAUAUUGAUCAACAAUAAGCUUGCAAAUAUCAUGAUGUUAUUACCACAAUCAAGUCCAAAUCUGAAAGCAGGGCUGUCAACGUAGUGUAACAUUUAGCACUGAAAGCACGUGUAUUACAGACACCAGUAUACGGAGAAAACAGAACUGCCUCCUGGACAGAGUACUGCUGUUUUUACAAAACGUAGUAUACUCCAGAAUAUGCUGUUUGAGAACCUCCUAGAAAUGACAAAUACUAAUAACAAUAUUUGUUGGUGGUCGGACUUUACUUAGUGGCCCACAGCAGGCCUGUCAGUGUCACUAGCUGCUACUCCACAGUGCAUAUAGUGCAGCUUCUGGCAUUGUUCUUCCUUUGGGAGAAAGAGUGACCUGCUGUUCCUAAAGUUCCUAAGGCAGAAUCCUUCAUCAAAAUCUUGUCAGUAGUCCUCUGUAUGGCAGUGCUCGAGGAUACUCGCAGUCGGGCCAUGUUGUUACAUAUUGUUAACAACUGUGAUGAGCAUCUAAGGUAGUCUCUCCCCAUUAAAGCUUUGCUAUCACUGAACAGGCCUUUUGUUUUCAUAGACCUGCUCUUCAGUACCAUAGUAGGCUUCCAUAAGGAAAACAUGAGUUUUUACAUACAUCUUCCCAAAUUACACGGAAUAGCAGUGAAUAAUUUUGUACAAAGACAGUAAAGAAUCUGUUUCUGUUAAUACUAUAAAUUACAUGUUUUAUCAUUGCAGCAAUGUAUUUCAUUAAUAUGCAUAUAUUACUUUAUUAACUUCAAGGAAAAUUAUCCUAUCAUUUACAGGUGAACAGAGCAAUUAGUUUUAUUG